AAUGCAACUUCCUGUUAAGACAGGGCCUUAACGAAAAGCUGAAGGCGAGAGUGUCUCUGACACGGCUCUGCUAUCUCCAGACCCGACAAAACACAGCUAAAGGAUUUCUUUUUUUGAAGGUGGAAACUCACCGACAACAGGAGCGAGCCAUCAGACGCAUUAGAACACGACAUAUGGUGUCUUAAGAAGAGGCGUUUGAACUUUUGGAAAUGGCGAGAUUUUUUGCGAUAGGACCCUUGGUUUUGGUCCUUUGCUUGGUCCUAUCCUCAAGCCCCUCUCCUACACUCACUCAAUCUGAAAAGUCAACAACAGCAGGUUUCGGUACCUCACCCAUGCAAACUGCUCCUAAUAUCACCACAUCUAAGCCUACAGUGCCCCCAGAGGAAUCAGCUGGUACUCCAGACCCUCAGUCAAACACCCCUGCCACCACAUCCAAAACAUCUGCCGAAAACACCCAAGAUAAAGGGAAUGGUUCUGAUUCAAAUGUGGCGGUGAAAAUCAAUCCACCCUCACCCGCACUCAAUGCAUCAACACAGGACACCAGCAAAAAAUCAGGUAAUCAACAUAGUAACCAGAUAAACACAUCAAUCUCACCUCCACUCAACUUGCAACAACAAAACACCACCAACACUUCAGGGAAGGGUUCUGAUUCAAAAUUGCCUGUGAAAAACAAUCCACCCUCACCCACACUCAAUGCCUCAACACAAGACACCAGCAAAAAAUCAGUGAAAGCAGCAACAGCACCUCCAGCACCUACAAACCUCACCUCCAUGCACUCCAUCUCACCCACAGUCACCAAGACCAGCACAGGUAAUAAUUCUGAAAAUAAUACCAAGGCAAACACACCAACCUCACCUCCACGCACCUCGCAACAACAAAACACCACCAACACUUCAGCGAAUGAAACCAGCUCACCUCUAAACAUCACCCUCACGCACUCCACCUCACCCACACCCCCAGUCACCACCAACAGCAAGGGUGCCACAAUAAGCCCAAGUACAUGUUGGUACAACAUAACAUGGAAGGGGAAUGAAGCAAUAAUCAAUGUGUCUUCAAUCACCAAAAAUGCAAGUGACUACAGAAUCGAGUUAAGGCACAACAAUAAAUCCAUAUAUGGAAUUUCUCCCUUCACAAUACCACUUAAAAAUUUAACACCGUGCACUGAGUACACCAUCUACGUUGACAACUGUCCUUUUGAUGGGAAAAACUCUUUUUAUGUUGACGAAACUGAAAGUAAAAGCCAUACUGCAAAACUUGAUGAGGAAAACAAAGUGUGUUUUGAAGAUGACAAAUGGAAUUUGAAAAAAUGUUUACAAAUAGAAGCCAAUAACUCCUGUGUUAAGAGGACAAUUUCCUUUAACCAAAGCAGAUGCAUCUACAGAAUGAAUGUCCACAUGCCCCCUUUAAAACCUGAGAUAAAUUACAAUGAAACAAGUCCAACUAUGUUUCUGUGGGAAAAUAAACCAGAUACGUGUCAUGAAAGCAACUUUAAGGUCCAUUGUACUGAUCAAAAAGGCGAAAUCAGAAGAUAUGGUUUGAAACAAAAUGUGCUAUUCAUUCCUUCCAAAAUGUACAACUGUACUGGAAAAUACGAAAAUGGCAAAACAAUCUCUGAAAGCAGUCCCAGUGUAAUCAACAUCACUUGCAAUUUGGCUAAUGAAACUAAGUCACCUGUUGUAUCCUACAAUUCAAUUGAGAUUUCAUGGAAUCUACAAUAUAAAGGCAAAUGCUCAGGGAUUGUAUUCACAUUUUCAGGCAAAUGCAAAAGCAAACAAAACAAAGAAGUCGCCUGUUCCAGUGACCCGUCUGGAUGGAAAAAUUGUAAAUUUGAAGUAGAAGCAUUUACCAACUAUACAUGUGAUAUUACAGCCCAAUCUGAUCCCCCUGACUACACUCUUCAUACAGCUCCAUUUCACAUAAAUACACCUUCUCACACUCCAGAUUUUGAAUCCAAAAUCACUAUCGAUAAAACAUCUCAGAAUUCUUUUACUGCACAGUGUAAUGAUGUGAAGAAAUGGAAUGGACAUAAUGGAAAUUAUAGAGCUCGUCUCAUCAAUUAUGAACAAACUAAAACAAAUUCAACAUGCUGGUUUUCAUUUGAAAAUCUUUACUACCUCACAAACUAUACUAUUGAGAUUACAGCCAAAAAUGGCAAUGGCAAUGUGACCACUAUUUCAGCGUUCAUAUCCACUAGCUAUAACCAUAAGGCUGUAAUCGGGUUCUUGGCGUUUCUCAUCAUAGUGACUUCAGUUGCUCUCCUUUUUGUGUUGUACAAAAUUUUCCUGCUCAAAAGAAAACAGACUCCUGAGGAAGAUGAGAUCUGUCUUACACAGCCCCUGCGCAGGGUUGAGCCCAUCUAUCCAGAUGGUUUAAUUGAUGCUUAUAGGACCAAGAUUGCUGAUGAGAGCCGACUGUUUAUGGAUGAGUUUCAGAGUAUUCCCCGAAUUUUCAACAAUUACACCAUCAAGGAGGCGAAGAGACCAGAAAACCAGUCUAAGAACCGCUAUGUUGACAUCCUGCCUUAUGAUUAUAAUCGUGUUACUCUAUCAUCUGGAAGCUAUGGUGACUACAUCAAUGCCAGCUUUAUUGAGGGUUAUCAAGAGCCAAAGAAAUACAUUGCAGCCCAAGGACCCAAAGAUGAAACUAUUGUUGAAUUCUGGCAAAUGAUGUGGGAGCAGAAGUCAUCCAUUAUUGUCAUGGUCACCCGCUGUGAGGAAGGGAAUAAGGUCAAAUGUGCCCAGUACUGGCCCUGUCUGGACAGAGAGACUGAGAUUUUUGAUGAUUUCGUGGUGAAAAUUAAAACUGAGGAACACUGCCCUGAUUAUAUCAUUCGCCAUCUGGUCCUGGCCAAUAAGCGAGAGAAGGCCUCAGAAAGAGAAAUUACUCAUAUCCAGUUCAUCAGCUGGCCGGAUCACGGCGUCCCUACAGACCCUGGUCAGCUUCUGAAGCUCAGGAGAAGAGUCAACUCCUUCAAAAACUUUUUCAGUGGCCCUAUCGUGGUCCACUGCAGUGCUGGUGUUGGGCGUACAGGAACCUAUAUUGGCAUUGAUGCAAUGAUUGAGAGUCUGGAAGCAGAAAACAGAGUUGAUAUCUAUGGAUUUGUGGCAAAACUACGUCGCCAGCGUUGCCUCAUGGUGCAAGUGGAGGCCCAGUACAUACUGAUCCACACGGCUCUAAUAGAGCAUAAUCAGUUUGGAGAGACAGAGAUCCCCCUGUCUGAGUUCCACUCAGUGCUCAACGCCAUCAGAGAGAAACAAAACAAUGAGAGCAUAAUCGAAAUAGAGUUCCAGAAAUUGCCAAAAUUUAAAAACUGGAGAACAAUCAACACAGGAAGCAGUGAAGAAAACAAGGACAAAAACCGGGACUCCAAAGUCAUCCCAUAUGAUUAUAAUCGAGUGCUGUUUCGGCUGGACAUUGCGGGAAACCAGACCAGCGACCCUGAGGAUGACACAUAUUCAUCAGACGAAGAAGAAGAAGAAUCUAAUGAAUACAUCAAUGCUUCAUUCUUAGAUGGCUACUGGUGUCAAAAGAGUCUGAUCGCAGCACAAGGGCCUUUACCAAACACAACAGCAGAGUUUCUGCUCAUGCUGUACCAGCAGCAAACUAAAACAGUUGUUAUGCUCACAGACUGUCAAGAGGACGGCAAGGAUUUGUGCAGUCAAUAUUGGGGAGAUGAAAAGAAAGUGUUCGGAGAUAUGGAAAUCGAGGUGAAAAAGACAGAAAGCUUCCCAACAUAUGUAAAACGUCAUCUGGAAAUACAGUCCACAAAGAAGAAUGAAAUCUUGGAGUUGGACCAGUACCAGUUCCUGAAAUGGAAAAGCAGUGAACUUCCAGAAAAUGCUCAGGAGUUGAUAGAGAUGAUAAAGAACAUCAGAGAGAGCGGCAAAUAUGACAACAGCAAAAAAAACAGGAGCAUCCCUAUAGUAGUGCACUGCAGCAAUGGGUCUUCGCGUACUGGACUCUUCUGUGCUUUGUGGAAUCUUAUGGAUUGCUCAUUAACAGAAAAGUUGGUUGACGUCUUCCAAGUGGUUAAAAACUUGCGUAAGGAGAGACAGGGAAUGGUGGAAACAUUUGAGCAGUAUCAGUUCCUCUACACAGCUCUGGAGGGCGCCUUCCCGGUGCAAAAUGGCACCAUAAAGACACCGGCUGCAACCGACAGCGCAGAGAUCAUCAACGAAACACCUGUGCAGAUCAACGAAACCACCGCGCUCCUCGCCGAGCCCGCCGCCGAGCCUGCCGCCGAGCCCGCCAACAGCACCCCUGCUCCCGAACUGAAGGAGACGGAAGACGGAAAAAACGCCACGGUGAGCAGUGAGCCAGAGGCCAAGGAGAACAGCAGUGCCGCGGCUUCACCAGCAGAGGGAGACGGAGAGAAAAACACACCGGAGGCCACAACCAACGGACCCGCCGCCACUGUUGAAGCUUAGCGAUUUUUAUUCAGCUACAUUUCACUGAUUUGACACCAAGUGUCUCUGGCAAAAUUGUAAAAAUUAAUAUUUCUUAUAUUUUUUUUAUAUUUUAGUUUUACAGUUCAGUUUUUGUCGUUUGACCGGCAUUUUACUGAUCCUUUUAAACUUUUUCUCUCAGGUUUAAAUUUUUCUGUGUAAUUAUAAUAUUUGUGACGAAUCUGUUUAUAUUGAUUGUUUAUUCACAAGUGUAAAGGUUUUGCUUUAUGAUCUGAGUUUAUUAGGCUAUCAAAUUGCAUUUGAAUGUAUUGUAAAAUAGGACCUUACCAUUUGUUUUGUUUUUAGUAAACUGUAUCAAAGCACAAUCUUGCGUCUAAAUUAUGUUGUAUUAAAAGUUUGAUGUGAAUAAAUAUUGUUUUAUGUUCAUGAACAACAAAAUUAUGGCAAAGAUGACUUGCACUACAGGGCUGUCAUCAAACUAUCUUUCGUUUUACUGUUUGUGUUUCUGAAUCUCUCAUAUAGGCUAUACCUAUUUUCAUUUUAAGCAGAUGUAAGUUAACAAAAAUAAUAAAAGCUUGAACAAUA